UCGGACCGAGCUGCAGAUGGAGCGUCCAGUCCUCGGUCCGAACAGAAACACCGUCAACACUCUGAGGUGUCCCACUCUGCUGGUGGUUGGAGACACGUCGCCUGCAGUCGAUGCUGUGGUGGAGUGUAACUCCAGACUGGAUCCCACCAAGACCACCCUGCUCAAGAUGGCGGACUGUGGAGGACUUCCACAGGUUGUCCAGCCUGGAAAACUCGCUGAGGCCUUCAAGUACUUCGUCCAGGGGAUGGGCUACAUGCCCACGGCCGGCAUGACCCGGCUGGUCCGCUCCAGAACCCAGUCUGCCUCCAGCCUGGGCUCCUCAGAGGGGGGCGCCCGCAGCUGCAGCACCACCAACACGCAGCCGGAGGGCGCCGCCUGCACCGGACCCCCCAACUCUGCGGCCCGCACCGUCCAGACCACGGCGUAGGACUCCUGCGGUUCUGUGGGUCCGGCCCGGUUUAUCCUCCCGGGUCACGAGUCCACGUGCAUGUUUCUGUUUCCUCUUUUAUUCCUCGUKGUCCAAAGUUUCAUUUUAGUCCGGACUCCUUUACGGGUCGGAACCGGACCUGCAGCCAGGAGGUUCUGUCCGUCAGCAUGCUGUGGAGUCUGUAGCAUGUGAAACCUGUGCCGUGGUUUGGUUCUGAUGGGUCCAAAAGGUUUUGACACCUUCAGGUUUUAUUUCCCUGCUGUUAUUUAUUGUGAUUUCUACUGAAGGUUCUGGAUGUUUCUACUUUUAUUUAGUGUCAAAGUUUGUAAAGAAAUAAACUGGAUGAAG